CAUAAACACCACGACGAACAAUUCUAUUUUUUUAUGAGAUGACCUAUCCAUCUCUGAAACUCAUUCUCGAAAUUUUCAUGUCAUUUGAACUAGUCAACGCUGCACAGUUCUUGAAUUGAACUCCCACGUGAUACAGUCUCAAAUGCAUGUGACCUGACAGGAUUCGCGCGAUCAGUGAUCUGAUUCUUUGCGGCACUUCGACUUCUUGUCUUCGACGCACCUUCUGCACCCCCUGACUAUUGCCCAAGUCCACCUCCGAGUUAAAUCCGUGAUAGGAUUCUCGCAAGGACAUCACCUCUGCACGGCCCCUUUGCGCUACUCGCUAGUGAAGAGCAUCGAAGCUUGUGCACCUCCUCCUGAUCGAUUCCAGGUUCGACAGAGUGAAAGGCUCGAACCCCGAAGCCCCUCCUCCAGACGCGUCGAUCUAUCACCGUGCCCUUCGAAUCUCAGACAGAGCGCGAAUCAUGCACGGGAUCAGGUGAUAGAAGAGCCAGCCAGGAGCGUAUGGGUGGUGUCAUCGCUCCCCGGGCGUACCUGGUAAAACUAGCGCUCCAGCUUCUCUCAUACUCACCUCCCGCCCCACCCUACCAUGAAAUUCCAAGCCCUCUUGGGCACCGCGCUCCUCGCCGCCGCCGGCGCGAGCGCCAAAACACACACGCAGACCCACAGCACCUUCGCGGACCUCUCCGCCGCGUUCCCAAACCUCUCCGCGCGCGCACGCACGCCGUUGGUCGCGUUCGACAACUACAGCCUCUCGCUCGCGGGGCAGCGCGUGUUCCUGCACUCGGGCGAGUUCCACACGUUCCGCCUGCCGGUGCCGUCCCUGUGGCCGGACAUCCUCCAGAAGGCCAAGGCCGCGGGGCUGAACGGGAUCAGCGUGUACACGCACAUGGGCGCGAUCAACCCUGCCCCGGGCGUCGUCGACUUUAAUGACUGGCGCGCGCUGCAACCGCUGUACGAAGCGGCCAUGGAGGCGGGGAUCUGGGUCGUCCUGCGGCCCGGCCCGUACAUCAACGCGGAGACGACUGCUGGUGGCAUCGCCCACUGGAUCACGACUCAAGUCGCGGGUCAGCUGCGCACGAGUGCGGCUGAUUGGGAGGCUGCGUGGCAGGCUUACAUCGCGGGGAUCAUCAACCAGACGGAGCCGUUCCAGAUCAGCCACGGCGGACCGGUCAUUGCUGUACAAAUCGAUAACGAGUAUCAACAGCGGUCGACUACUUCGCCGUAUUACACGCUCCUCGAGGAAACGUACAGGAAUGCUUCGAUUGAUGUGCCGCUGACGUACAACGACGCCGGAGAGCGAUCCAACUUUAUCAAUGGCUCGGGCGCAGUCGAUCUAUACGGAUUGGAUGCGUAUCCGCAGCUGUUCGACUGCGCGCAUCCAACGAAAUGGAAUCCGGUGGUGACGAACUACCUGUCCUACCACGAACGUGUCAACCCAGCCCAGCCGUUCUACUUCCCCGAAUUCCAGGGCGGCUCGUUCGAUGCAUGGGGCCCGGGUGCACCCGGCUACCCCGCCUGCGCCCAGCUCACAGGCCCCGAGUUCCAGUCGGUGUUCAACAGGCAACUGUGGGCGAGUAAUGUGAAGCUGUUGAGCUACUACAUGUUGCACGGCGGUACGAACUGGGGCGCAUUCCCCUUCCAUGGGGUGUACACCUCGUAUGACUACGGCGCAUCGAUCGCGGAGAACCGCGCGAUCUCGACGAAAUUUAGCGAGCUCAAGCUGCAGGGCAUCUUCCUGCGCAGCUCGCCGGCGUUCUACAAGACCAACUUCAUCGGCGAUACGAGCGCAGGCGGCGCGCUCCCGAACACGACGAACGUCGCUGCCUUCGUCAGUCUGUUGACAAAUCCCGAUACCAAGACCGGGUUUUACGUGCUCAGGCAGACGGACGGGACGUCCACCGCGAUAACGAAUUUCAACAUGACAAUCGCAACCUCGCUGUCGCCGACAUUGAACAUCCCGCUCGUGACCCCAACGCUAACGAUCUCUGGGCGCGAGUCGAAGCUGAUCCUGACCAACUACGCAUUCGGAGGCUCGACGGUGGACUACACGACCGCGCAGGUGUUCUUCGCGGGCAAGAUCGGCACGCGCGACGUGCUGUUCCUCUACGGCCAGCCGACCGAGUCGCACGAGCUCAGGCUCGCGCUGACGGGCACACCGAACACCGCGCACCAGUCGGCGCAGGUCUCGCGAACGAGCAGCGUCAGCGGGACGACCAUCCUCGGCAUCAAUGCCGGACUCACGGGCCUUUCGACGCUGUACGACUCGUCCACGCAGCUCGUGCUAUACGCGGACUACACCACCGCCGCGACGUUCUGGGCGCCUGUCAUUUCGUCGGGCGGCCAGUUCGGCAAUUUCUGGAGCAUCGGGUCGAACAGCACCCUGCUCGUCGGCGGACCGUACCUCGUCCGCACGGCGGCUAUCUCCGGCAGCACACUCGCCCUCGUCGGCGACCUCAACGCCACGAGUAGCAGCAGCAGCAGCACUGUUCCCCUCAGCCUCAUCGUGCCUCCCAGCAUCAAGUCCAUCACGUGGAACGGCGCCGCAGUGGCCGUGCAGGCGGGGAUCUCGACCGUCGGGGGGUGGACAGGCACGGUGGGCCCACGCACGGCCGCGACGCAGGUGAAGAUCCCGGCGCUGACGGGGUGGCGGUACGCGGACUCGCUCCCGGAGGUGCAGUCUGGAUUCAGCGAUGCGGGUUGGGUGACAGCGAACCACACGAGCACGAACAUCCCGUUCCCCAUGUAUUACGGCGACGGAAGGGUGCUGUAUGGGUGUGAUUAUGGCUUCUGCGAGAAUAUCGUGCUGUGGCGCGGGCAUUUCAACGCAGCGACAUCCCCACCGGCCAGUGUCAAUCUCUCGAUCAACGGAGGCGAGGCGGCAGCAUUCGCGGCGAGUGUGUGGCUGAACGAUGUUUUCCUCGGGACGUCCUUCGGAAACUCCUCCAACAACCGCCAUAUCCUCGAGGAAACGGACGACAAGUUCACUUUCCCCGCCGGUUCGGUCAAGACGGGCGACAACGUGAUCACGAUUGUCCAAGACAACAUGGGACUGAACGAAACCAUCAACGGCAACGCGAACACGUGCAAAUCGCCGCGCGGCGUCCGCGGCUUCGCGCUCACCCCGAACACGACGUCCUUCGGGAGCUGGAAGGUGCAGGGCAAGGUCGGCGGGUACCUCGGCUUCCCGGACAAGACGCGCGGCAUCAUGAACGAGGGCGGGCUCUUCGGCGAGCGCGCCGGGUGGCACCUCCCCGGCUUCGAUACGUCGGCCUGGGUCAAACGGGAUCUGCUACAGGGCCUGCCGGGCGGCGGCGCAGGCGUCGGGUUCUUCGUCACGGAGCUCGACCUCGCGAUCCCCGCCGGCACGGACGUGUUCCUCAGCUUCACGUUCGAGGAGCCGCUCGGCCAGGCGUACCGCGCGUAUCUGUUCGUGAACGGGUGGAUGAUGGGCAAACGCGUCGCGAAUCUCGGCCCGCAGGCCAAGUUCCCUGUGCACCAGGGCAUUUUGAACUUCUCGGGCAAGAACACGGUCGCCGUCGCGCUGUGGUCGAUGUCGAGCGCGCCCGUCACGCCGAACCUCCAGCUCGUGGUGGACGGCGUCCUUGAUGGCGGCGUCCCGGGCGGCGUCACUGUCAAUAAUCCCGCGUUCUCGAGUGCGGGCAGAGUCUGAACGAAUAUGUACAAGCUGUAGUUGAAAAAAUACUCGAGAUUGAACUGUGGAGUUGCACGUGCAAGAAUGAUGUCCGUAUCAUUUAUUGAUCGUGAUCGCGUGAUCUCCGGCCUACUCUAUGCAGGUGAUGUAAUGUGGCUGUGACCGGCCAUCAAAUUCUAUCGCAGGCCCCUGAUUGUGCCAAAUCAGGCCAGCGCCAAAACUUUCGCCAUCAACCAGCCAAGUUCUGUGCUGCAAAGUUUUGGCUCGGAAUGUUUUUCCGGCACUGCGCUAGCCGCUAUAUUUCAUUCUUACCAUGAACCUGCUGAAUUUCACUAUGUUUCU